GAACAUGCAAACUCCACACACACAAGGCAGAGGCGGGAAUCGAACCCCGACCCUGGAGCCAAACCCCUCCAUGCUCCACUUGCCAGGGUAUAAAAGGUGGGGUACUAGAUGGAGUGAGCAACACGGGAUAGCCUUCUCUACACGGUACAGCUGUACUCAAGCAGUCUCUCUCGAAACCCAUCAGCAUGUCUCAAACUAAGUCUGCCCCCAGCCAGGGAACCCCUUCCACUCCUGCAUCUAGCAAGGCAACAAAGACUGGAGACACUGGAAUGGGCAACUACAAAAUGAUGCUGUUUGACCAGGAGAAUUUCCAGGGCAGAAUGAUGGAGAUCCACAAUGAGUGCAUGAACAUCUGUGACCAAGGUUUUAAUAGAGUACGCAGUAUCAUUGUCGAGUGUGGCCCCUUUGUUGGCUUUGAGCAGACUAACUUCCGUGGGGAAAUGUUCAUCCUGGAGAAGGGUGAGUAUCCUCGCUGGGAUACCUGGUCCAACAGCUACCGUAGUGACUGUAUCAUGUCCUUCAGGCCAAUACGCAUGGACCCCAUGGAGCACAAGAUCUGUCUGUAUGAGAUGACUGAUUUCCAGGGCAACAAGAUGGAGAUCCAUGAGGACGAUGUCCCCACUCUGUGGGCACAUGGCUUCUGUGACAGAGUGGGCAGUGUGAGAGUUCCUGGUGGGGCUUGGGUGGGAUACCAGUACCCAGGCUACAGAGGCUACCAGUAUCUAUUUGAGUGUGGAGACUACAGACACUAUAAUGAGUUUUGUGCCUUCCAACCUCAGAUUCAGUCCAUUCGGCGUGUGAGGGACAUGCAGUAUCACCAGCGUGGUAGCUUCAUCCUGACUGCUGCUAAACAAUGAACCAGGGCUUCUGUGAAGUAAAGCCCUACCAUGGUGCUUUUUAAUCCCCUAUUCCUGUCCUUGCUCUGAUUCUGACUUGAGAUUGAUAUAAAUUGUACCAGAUAUCUGAAUGACUUCUUAUGAUGCAAAUAAUAAACAUUUAAGAAAAUGA